AGGAGAUCGUCGUGUGAUCGUCGCGGGGGAGGGAGUGUGAUCGUUUCGAUUAUCGCGAGAGAGGUGUACCGCAAGCGUCGUAUGUUCUUCAGGGAGAGGAUAUACCUUCGUGGAGAAAUUCCGUCGCUGAGAGAAGCGACGAACGACCGCGUUUGCGGGAAUUGCGUGAGAUGCAAGUUUCAUUCGAGAUACCGAAUUUUAGCGUGACCGAGCGCUAUUAAUCGCUCCGUCGGCGGCUGUAUCGAGUUGCAAGCGGUGAUAUUCCGAACAAGAAACGGGAGAAGACGGCGAUUGCAGAGUCGGCAGAGUGACUAUAAACGUUUUUAAUUUUACGCCGACAUUCGGAGAUUCGGUGCGUGUCGUGCAAUAGAAACGAUUUGAAAAAAGAGAUCGAAUUGUUUUUGUUAUCACAAAAACUAGAUCGUGAAUUAUGCGACGAGAGUUUCAACAAUCUCGGGCGGGGAGGAAAACCGAAAGCGAGAUUAUACGAAGGAUCGCUCCAGUACGUUCCAUAGAAAACGUAUUGAUUUCGAUCGCGAAUCAAUCUAACGCGAGGUGCAGCCAUUUAAAGAAGUGACUUCUCCGUUUGUUGAACUACAAUUUCGACGUGAGUUAUAGUUUGAUUGACAUUUAAAUGGCUUGCUUGAGAAUACCGGUGGCUCUUCAAAUCCCGACGGAGAGGCAACGCAACGGACUCUGAGAGUGCGAUCGGUUUAUUUCUAAUACGAAUGUUUGCAAAAAGAAAUUCGACACUAAUUGACAAUCAACGUGUCUAGUGCGUGUAUCGGUGUUUUGCCGUAAAGGAAUUAGAAGCAGUUUGUCGAUAAACACUUCAGGAAUAGAUAAAAAUGAGAUAAAAAGCUAGAAAUAAAAAAGAUAUUUCGUACUGAUUUCAAUAGCUUUAGUUAAUUGAAGAGAAUCGUUAAUAGUAUAGUGAUUAAAGCGAAAAGAAGAAAUCUAUUUGAAUAAUAAUAAAAUAAAAUAACUAUUUUCAAUGAAAGAUCGCUUCACAAAAUAGAGUUUCGGAACAAGCUUAAAGCUGUUUAUUAUUAACGGAAAAUUCAAGUCAUUUUAACCGCGGAUUAUUGCUAACGGAAAUUUCGAGCUAUUUAACUGUGCAAUAACAACGAAUAAAUCGCGACGUAGUGCAAUAAUAAUAACGAAUAAGUUCUAUAACAUUUUUUUUUAACGUAAACGUAAAGCAGGACGUGUAUCGCAGUUAUCGCAAAAGAAACGCUUAAAUGUACCAUGAGAAACUAGCAUCAUUAAUAGCUGUGGUUAAAGUGAUUCGAUCGACGAUUGACGAGCUGCCUCGACAAAUCGAUGGUGCCGACGAGUCUCAAAAUUGCGCGGCGAUACGAGUGAGGAGAGCGGCGAGUCGUGCCGGAAAUGGCGAGGAAAUUCGAGGCGUCGCUGGAAAUGUGUCAAGUACCGUCGGCUUGAUAAAAGUGCGCGUCUCCAGGGAAGUCGAGCGAAAUCGGAGGGAGCCUGCCGAGGGAGAUUAAUUGGUUCCACCCACUCUCUUCCCCCUGCAGGCCCCAAUGAGAGAUAAAAGCGGGCUCUCACUAAAGACAGCAGCUCUUCCUCAGAUACGUUGGAUCUGAGCUCGCCUCAUUAUCAUCAUCAUCAUCAUCAUAACAAUAACAACAACAACAACAACAAUUCGAACGGCGUUGCUAGUUCCACCACGUCUGGUAGUCAAGAAAACGUGAUGAAAGAGAAAAGCAAAAACGCAGCGCGAUCGCGCCGCGUUAAGGAGAAUCAGGAAUUUUUUGAGCUGGGGAAACUGUUGCCACUUCCGCAUACCGUUACUACGCAACUGGACAAGGCCAGCAUUAUCAGACUGACCACCAGUUACCUCAAGAUGAGAGCCGUUUUUCCUCACGGUCUAGGGGACGAAUGGGGUGCCGCGCCACCGUCCAACAAUCCCUUAGAAACCACUAUCAAGGAACUCGGCUCGCAUAUCUUACAAGUGAGCGAUCAUCAUACAAUUAUCGAUGAGGAUGAUACACUGGACGGCUUUAUCUUCGUCGUGGCACCAGAUGGGAAAAUUAUGUACAUAAGCGAGACAGCUAGCGUGCACUUAGGUUUGUCGCAGGUGGAAUUAACGGGAAACAGCAUAUUCGAGUACAUUUAUCCGGAAGAUCGCAACGAGAUGGUUUCCGUGUUGAAUCUUCCGCAGAGCCCAGCGGAUCUCGCGGGUUUCACAUUCCCGCCACCGAAUUCGCGAGGUGAAAUCGAGCUGGAACGUGCCUUUCUCCUCAGGAUGAAGUGCAUCCUGGCGAAAAGGAACGCGGGCCUUGUCACGGAGGGAUACAAGGUCAUACACUGUUCCGGUUAUUUAAAGUGUAUCGUGGAGGCUCCAAUCGGAUCCGAAUAUGAGGACGGUAUCGGACGGUGUAUUCGUAACGUCGGUCUAAUGGCCGUCGGUCAUUCGUUGCCGACGAGUUCCAUAACCGAAAUUAAGUUACACCACAACAUGUUUAUGUUCAGAGCGUCACUCGAUCUGAAACUCAUAUUCCUCGAUGCCAGAGUGGCGCAAUUAACAGGUUACGAUCCACCGGACUUAAUUGAGAAAACGCUAUACCACUACGUGCACGGAUGCGACAUUCUGCAGCUGCGACACGCUCAUCAUGUUCUAUUGCGCAAAGGUCAAGUGACAACGAGGUACUAUAGAUUUCUGACGAAAACUGGCGGUUGGGUGUGGAUGCAGUCGUACGUGACGAUCGUGCACAAUUCACGAAGUUCGCGUCCGCACUGCAUCGUCUCUGUGAAUUACGUCUUGACGGCUACCGAGAACACGGGCCUGAUCCUGAACUGCGAGCAGAAGUCGUCCUGCUCGAGUCCGGGAAAUCCGCCAAGCGCUCCGGUGUCGACACCCGUCACGAUCGGUGCGAGUGACCUGGACAAUCACAGCCCGAGCCCGCCUUCUUAUCGUAGUAGGACCAAGGAGCCACCCGAUACCGACUACGCCGACAGUUCCGGUUAUCCCAACUCGGAGUAUCUGGCGACUUCGACCAAUCACAGCCAUUACCUGCCGUCCUAUGCGCACAGCAUCAAUGGUGCAGCCCACGAGGACAGCGCUUACUACAGUUCAGAUUUGUUCUAUCAAUACAGUGACCUCCACCAAGAUCCCGUGAACACCCUGCAGCACCAGCAAGACACGCAUCAUCAACAUCUUCUGCAUCACGCCACAUCUCUAACUAUUCAACAGCACAGCCCACAGAACAAUCAACAGAAACGACAGCAUCCCCAGCAUCUGCUGCACCAGGGUGCGUCAUCUUUGACAGCCCUCGAGCAGCAGCAGCAACAGCAACAGCAGCAGCAACAGCAGCAGCAGCACAGUCCUCAGAGCCAACAGAAGCGACCUUACUCGACAUCUUCGAGUUCCUGCGGUAGCACCGACGGUCUGGACGUGCACCUGACAAAUUCCCUGAGCCUGCUACCGUCGGGAUACCACUCGUCGCAUCAUCACCAUCACAUGCCGCCGGACUCGACGUCGUCGACGACGUUGAACGAGGCUGGCGGCGUCAUCAUGUACCCGAACUGCGGUUUCAACAACAACGAGAGCUACAACGCCGCGGCGCUUCAACAUCACGAAGGCUACCAACAGGGUCACCCUCAGGUCCACCACAGUAACGGCAACGGAACGGUGAAGCACCCCCAUCAUCAUCAUCUGGAGGCCUCGUCGGCCGGCUACACGAGCGUCAUCGUCGACUCCCAGCAGUACAGUCCCAGUACCGUUCCCCAGGAGCUGCACGCGCAUCAGGCGGCGCCGGUGAGCGGCGGCACGCCGCCGCUGCACCACCAGCCUCAUUACGAGACGCAUCAUCAGUUUGUUCACUGACAUCAAUUCGAGGUGCCCUGCGCGUAGCACUUCGACGCCGCUUGCGAUGAUGACGCGUGCGGGCAUCAUCAUCGUCAUCAUCAACAACAGCAGCAGCAGCGUCAUGGCGUAACGUCAGAGUGCGGUGGGGAACAGUACGCUGGGCAUCAGAUGGACAAUGACAACUACAAUCCCGCUGGGUCUCACGUCACUUACGUGACGCCCUACAAACGACUCUGGAAGAUGGAGGAACGAAGUGUCUCCACUUUAAGAGGUAAUUCGUAAUUAGAGAAAUUAGUGCCAUAAUGUGAUAAUAUUCUUAUUAAAUGCUAACACGUCAAGAAAUCUUUAUAUUAGUUUUUUUGUCUUUAUACUAGGCGUCUUUCGACACACAUAUCGAAUUGACACAUUCUGUUGUGGUAGUACGUCUUUUUAUAAAUUUUAGCUGAUUGCCGUCGACGUUGGGGUUUGUAAUAAGAUAAAUUUCUUUCAAAGUAGUUAUAAACACGAUAUUUUAAAGCAAGAUGAUUUAUAGUUCGUAUUCUUACUUUAAUGACUCUAAAAUUCUGCAGCAAUCAGCUAUAAAUAUAAGUUUAUUGUAUCCGGCUUUCGUUUUAGAAAGAUGAAAAAAUUAUUUGUGAAAAUGUUAAUAUGUUCUCUAUAUAUAUAUAUAUAAAUAUAUAUGUACUAUCUAUAUUUUGCAUCUGCAUGCGAAAGUUCUUAUUACCAAUAAAAACAAUUUUCGCGCGAGUUCGAUAAGAAUGUGAUGAAAUAUUAUUUAAAGUAUAGUAUUUCUUUGUGUGAUAGAUGCUUCACAAAAUUUCACGUAGAGAAAAGAAGUUGCGGCAAAACCGGCAUUCCAUUUUGUGAGCUAAGAGAAUCAUGUAACUAGUCAUAAUUGAUCUAUGUACUUUUCUAUUUCACUUGUAUUAUCACGUUAUCGCCAUAGAAUCUCGAUAAUAACGCAAUCGACGACUACAGCGGCGGUCAAAGGGAACCUUGUUUGAUCUCAACAUUCUUGCAGAAAAUAACUUUAAUAAAUACUAUUGGAAUAAAAA